UUUAAUGAUCAAUAAAGGGUUAAGAGUGCAAAAAAUUUAACAUGUAAAACAUUCAAGUCAAGGAAAUGAAUUAUUAUUUCUAAUAGGCUAAAGUAUAAGGGUAAAUUUGUGGUCUAUUUGUAGGAACAAGGAAUUUAACAGUGGACUGCAUAAUUGAUGGAGUCGAUGAAGAAAAGCAUGGUAAAGGUUUAAUAUUUUCUACUUCAGAUUAAGAGUGAAGCAUGACUAAAGUGUAAAAUCUUUUGGAAAAGCAGAUACUUAUGCUGAAAUGGGAUUAACCGCUCUUAUGAUUUCCAUUUCUACUGGAGGAGUGAAGUGAGAAAGUUUUCAAUUAUAUUUUGAUUGCUAUUAAAACUGGAGGUGCAAUAGAUUGGGUUAUUUAGGUAUUGAAAGUGGCAUGGAUUUAGGAGUUGCUGCAGGUCCAAUUAGAGUUGUGAUUGGAGAUUUUUGUUGGAAGAGGGAGUUUAAUUUUAAUUGAUUAAACUGAAACUCAUUUGUCAUGUUUCUUAAUGAAUUAUAUUUAGGCUUCCGACAACCACACAGAAGAAUAUCAAAAAUGAUGAAAUUUUGUAGCAAUUACAAACAAAACAAAUAAAUUUAUGGAUGA